CUGGAAAUUACUGAUAUGGCUUAUCUUAAGCCAGAAAGUACCGUGAAGAACCAUAAACUUGUAUUUACUAUAUUUCCGAUAGGAUGUGAAGGCAGCAUUACUCUAAUAAAAUCUUCAAACUGCUUCCAACUUUCUGGCUACUCUCUGGUUUCUACAUCCAACAUCAAAGUCUUCCAUUACUCCUCCUGGGACCAAGAAAUUCAGAACAUGGAAAAUCAAGACCCUGCUGUUGUUAAUGCAAUAAAGGAAUCGGGCGAGUCCACUCCGGAAAAGGCUACAGCAAAAGCUAAAAUAAAAUUUGACCAGUUUAUGAACGUCUCGCUUAAUAUCGCUGUGACUGGAAAGGCAGGAUCAGGAAAAUCCUCCUUUGUAAAUGCACUUAAAGGUCUACAGGAUGACGAUGAUGGAGAAGCACCUACUGGACCCACAGAAACUACAAUGGUGCCCACCAUGUAUGAACAUCCUGGAAUGCCAAAUGUGAAGAUCUGGGACCUGCCUGGAAUAGGAAGCCAAAACUUCAAAGUAAAAAAAUACCUUAAAGACGUCAAUUUUAACACCUAUGAUUUCUUCAUUGUCCUUAACUCAGAGAGGUUCAUGGAGAAUGACAUCAUGCUGGCUAAAGAAAUAAGAAAACGGAAGAAAAGCUUUUACUUUGUUCGUUCCAAGAUUGACAAUGACAUGUUUUCAGAGAAAAAGAAAAAAGGAUUUGAUGAGCAGAAGGUUCUUUCCAUAAUAAGAGAGGAUUGUCAGAAAAACCUGAAAGAACUGGGAGACCCCAAAGUUUUCUUGAUAUCGUCUUGUGAUUUGGAGAAAUAUGAUUUUGAAUCACUUCAAAACACUCUCGAAGAUGAGCUUCCAGGAUACAAGAAGUAUGCUCUUCUACAAACCUGGCCAGUGUGUUCUGCUGCAUCUCUUGAGAAAAAGAUCAAUAUGUUUAAAGGGAUGAUCUGGGCUGCAUCUUUUGCCUCUGCUGCUGUAGCAGUCGUCCCUCUGCCUGGCCUAUCAGCAGCAUGUGAUACAGGCAUGGUCGUGCUUUUCAUCACAAGGUGCUACUAUGCAUUUGGUUUGGAUGAUAGAUCACUGACAUGGCUUUCCGAAAAAGUUAACAAGCCUCACCUGAAAGAUCUGGCCAAAUCUAAAUUGGUUACUGCAAUCCGAGAAAAAGCACUGAUCAGAUUGCAAGCGUCUGCUGCGCUCGCUACCAUUUCUACUGUUGAAUAUUUGUUGAGUCUUCUUCCAGUUGUAGGCAGUGUUGCUGCUGCAGGAAUAUCCUUCGCUACCACUCAGUACCUCUUGAGAGAAGGAGUAAAUGAUCUGGCAAAUACGGCUCGAGUAAUCAGAAAAGAAGCUGGGAUUGCUUUUGUUCAUUGAUCUGUCCAGUAGAGCAUGUAAGCUUUUUCUGCCUCUGAGUAAAUGAGAUGAUGUAUAUUAAGAUAAUGUGCUGAUACUGAGUUCAGCAAAAAA